AGUUGUUCCAAAAGUCAAACUCAUGUUCGCUAUUUCACGUGGUUAUCGCGUUUGUAAAUAUCGCUGAUUGUACAUUAUUUUCUAAAAUGAUGAAUGUAUAAAAGAACACAAAAAUGUUACUAGAAGAGGAGAAAACAUUUGACUUUUUUGUUAGCAGCCGAAUUGGCUCGUUCAAACAUAUAAAAUACCACACGGACCUAGCUAAAAACAGUAAAAAAUGUAUCGAAAACCUGGUAGACAUAAAAACUUUACAAAAAGAUGACACAAUCACGUGCAUGGAAUGGGGGAACAAGGAGCAGACAGAAAUACUUAUUGGAAAAAGGAAUCGAAAGAUUGAAACAUACAACACAGAGAAGAGGUUGGCAAACAUAGAGACAAUCGAUUUUGGAUCUGGCGACAUUGUUGGCCUGGGUCGCUAUAAGCAGCGUCUCAUAGCUGGUGUUGCCAGUGGUGUGGUGAAAAUUUGGGGGAAAAAGGAAGAUACUCUGGUUGAAGCUGGAGGGAAAAUUGAUAGAAUGAAAGUAUGGAGCGAUGGAAAUGUUUUUGCAACUGGUGGUGAGGAGAAUGAUUUAAAACUAUGGCGGAUAGGUGAGACAGCACCGAUUUUUAUAGCGAAAAAUCUGCCCCACGACUGGUUGCAACUGCGAAGACCUGUAUGGGUGACUGAUUUAACGUUUCUAGAGGAAAACUUGCUGGCGGUGUGCUCUAGGCAUGGCUAUGUUAGGCUAUAUGACACAAGGGUACAACGCAGACCGGUAUGCAAUGUGGACACUAAAGGGAUGGCCGCAACCUGUAUAGCCAAUGGUUUUGAUGAAAGGCAAGUCCUAGUCGGCUUUGGUCGUGGUCAGCUCCAUCAAGUCGACUUCCGUAAAACUCGCCUCGACAAAGGGUAUAAGGGCGCAGCCGGGGCGAUAACUAGUAUAGCGGUGUGCCCAGACAGACUCGUGGUUAGCACCAGCCUGGACAGGCAUAUCCGGGUGCAUGAUCAUGCUAGCAAGAGUUGUGUUUAUAAGCAAUACCUGACGUCAAAGCUAACUAAAGUGCUGGUACAGACGGCCACCUCCACGCCUCUGCGUAAUUCUGGGGAAGAGGUUAAGGAGGAAGAAGAAGAAAUUGCGGUGAAAACUGACGACUUGGAUGAGAUCUUCGAAAAUAUGGAGACUGUUGGAGCGAAAACGCCACGUAAGAAACAUUCAGAAGAAUUAGAUACAGCGGUGGAAGCGAAGAAAUGUAAACCCUCCACGGAAGGGAGUACAGAAGUUAGAAGCGGAGAUGAUGCGAUUGUGAAGCUGUUGCGAAGUACGGAGAAGCAGAAGAGAAGAUUGGAGAAGAGGAAGAGGGAGAAGAAAGCGAAGAGUGUGUUUCAUAAUGCGUAGAAUAAAGAGUUUUGAAUUUUG